AUGAUGACGGACGGAUCUAGCACCCGAUUGUCCUUUCUCCUUACUGCCGUCAUAUGCGGUCAACCUUCUUCCCUCCCUUCCUUCAUUUCUUUCCCUCCCUCCCCUCCUUUCCGUCCCUUCCCUCUCUUCCCUCCCGUCCCUCCCUUCCCUCCGUUUCCACCCUUCCCUACCUCCCCUCCCUCCGUCCUCUCCCGUUUCUCAGCUGUGGACGUCGCAGCAGCAGCCCCUCGCCUCGCCUCGCUCAUCUUUCAGACCCUCCCCAUCUAUUCCGACCGUCGCUCCCAAGCCUCUGUUGAGCGAGCUAUAACCAAAGCCCUCAAGCGCGAAACUGCCUUUGUCAAGGCAUUCGCAGGAGCUCUCGUCCAAGCCUGCGCCAAGCCAGGCUCGGUGUCAGCCUCGGUGGCCGGCUUGGUUCGGUACAAGCUGCUUAAGUGGUCGUGUCUGCUGCUGAGGGAGAGGGGGGAUGCGAUUGUGGGGGUGCGGGCAGCGUUCUCUCGUCUGGUAGUGGCACAGGGGACGCUGCUGACGGUGGCACUGGGAGAUGAGCCCAGGCUGAAGCGCGCUUCGUUGCAUGCUGUAAACGAGAUGCUUGGCGUGGUGCCCUCCCUUGCACCAGCAUAUCUGGCAGAGAUAAAAUCCACGCCUGUCACCCUCACCACAGUUGGCAUCGCCCAUCCCCUUCUCACUUACUUCCUCGAGUCUAAGGCACGCGAAGCAGAAGGUGCUGCAGCAGCAGAUGGCGUAGCGAACGGGACUGCAGAAGCAGCAGCGGCAGCUGCUCCUGGUUCCACAGCAGAGGCCAAGGCGUUUUUCGUGGAAACCUAUUCGAAGAUCGUGCUGAGCAGCAGGGAGCGCCCUCCCCAUGUGGCAUCAGAGGCGUUUGCGCCUCUGCUGCACUCGCUGGAGCACUCAGAGUUCAAGGGGACACUCUUCCCCACUGCCGCCAAGAUGCUCAAGCGCAACCCCGAGCUCAUCAUGGAUGCCGUUGGCUACCUGCUGUCAACUGUGCGCCUUGAUCUGAGUGCCUAUGCACCGGAGCUGCUGCCCACGCUAGCCCUGCAGGCCCGGCAUCAGAAUGCAGCCACAAGGGAGGAAGCGAUUGGAGUGUUUGCAGUAGCAGCCAAGCAGUGCAGCGACUCUGACAGCAUCCGGACCAUGUUUGCAUACCUCAAGGGGGUGCUGGCAGGCAAAGAGGGCAAGCUGACAUCAGCGUAUCAGAAGGUGGGAGUUUACCAGACUCUGCGGGCCCUCUCCGCCUUCUCUGCGCCAGGGCCCAAUGCCAUGGCGCCAGCUGUCGCUGCUGACGUGGCGGAGUUCCUGAUGACAGCCUAUGCUGGCGACACCAAUGAGGAGGUGCUUGCAUCGAUCCUCUCAGCUCUGGGCGAGUGGCUUGCACGGACAGCAAGGCAGGCGCCUGCUGCCACGUCAGCUUUCGUCACUGCCAGGCUGGCGAAGGAGAAGGAGACGCUCAGGCGGUGCACGCUGAGGUGUAUGCGCCUGGCCUUCCGCAACCCACACGUGCGAGAAAAGCUCGUACCUUGCGUGGACGUGCUCGUGGCACUGGUGAAGAGUGGGGUGGUGAAGCCCACAUGCGAGUUUGAGUCGACUAAAACCACCCGACCACCUCCUCGCCCCCUUUCCUCAGCUCGUACCUUGCGUGGACGUGCGAGUGGCACUGGUGAAGAGUGGGGUGGUGAAGCCCACAUGCGAGUUUGA